CCUGCAAGUCGACCAUAAGUUUCCUCACCUCUUUCAGGUCCUGCACCUGGCGGCAGACCCGCGAUGUCGAAGCCCUUUCAAGGCAUUCCAGCAUCUUCGUCAGCUGCAAAUGACCAGCCAACCCCGGCCCUCCAUCUUCCGGGUGGAGGAUAUCUGGCCCAUCUUCCACCUUCCCGUGCGGGAUGUGUUGGCCUGGGAUGGCAUCGGAGCGCACGGAGCCGCACGGCUGCUGCAGGAGAAACGGGGCCAAUCCCCUAUCGAGAAACUGGACCUCACGAUAGGUGUCUGGCCUGGCACCACGGUGACGAUGCCCGACGUCGAAACAAUCCUGCAGCAGCCGAAAUUGUUGAGACGCCUGAAGCUGCGGUUCUGUUCCAUCCCGGCGUCGUUCGGCGUGUUCAUUGAGGGUCACUGGCGCAGUCUGGCUCGGUACCGGGACACGUUGGAGAGUUCGGCUAUCGAAACCAUCCGUCCAGUCUGGGAUGAGUGGGAUGGACUUCUCUUCCACCAAAGCGGCCUGUGCUCGGAAGGGGAUCAAGUUCCAGCUGCGCUCCUACCAUGCCGACGCCCUAUUGGAGGUCCAUGAUCCCAGCUACCGUCUACCCGAUGAUCAAAAACGGAACUAUCUAGAAGAAUAUAUGGGCAGUCCUUUCAACUCCGACCCGCUGGGCAAUUGGGUAGCCUUCGGAUGAUGAGUUUGACGGUUCUGGGUCUAGCGGCGACGAGCUUCCGACAAGAAUGAGUUUCUAUCAAACUAUCUGAGAUUUCAAACUCAGUGAAAAGUAUAGUAGGGCAAGGUUCAAUGCCAAUGGAAAUGUAUAUGUCGCUUCAUGGCGUGCGUAUCUAGGUAUGCAACAUGAGA